AUGCCUGAAUAUAAAUACUAUAAGUGUGCGAAUACUCCGAUGUACACUGCUACCCAGCAUAAAGCUCUGGACUCAAUUAGAAAAGAAACUCCUAUGAUAUCAGACCACCUCGCAGAGACUCAUGACGAGAACAGCAAGAAUGCGACCAAUAAUGAUGGGGUCUCUAUCUUCUAA